AUGAAGGCAACACUGCUGCUCUUUGCAGUCUUGGCUGUAGCCAUGGGCCCAGCCCAGGCACUCCGCUGUCAUGUGUGCAACAAUUCUGCCAACUGCAAUAAUCCCAAGGACUGCCCAGCCAGCUCCCGCUUUUGCAGGACCAUAAACACAGUGGAGCCUCUGUCGGGGAACCUGGUGAAGAAGGACUGCGUAGACUGGUGCACACCUAGUUCUAUCCAGCCAGGCCAGGUCAGCAGUGGCGCUGGUUCCACCCAGUGCUGCCAGAGUGACCUGUGCAAUGGGAGGCUGUCCAGUGCUGCACCCACCCGCGCCCUACUCAGCAGUGCCACCCUGGGCCUGGUGGUGGCUCUGGGCCUCCUGGCUCCCAUCUUGGUCCCUCACCUGUGA